CUCAUUCUGAAAGGUCCUCGCCAUCUUGGAUACUAACGAGGUUCCCGAUGUGAGAAGUAACCUUUUGUUGAUCAAAACAAACACCACAAAAUCGGCUUCAAGAUGGAAGUGGUCAAGGCCUUCAACAGCGAGCUUUCUGCGCUGUAUGAAGGCAAACCGCCGAUUUCGAAAGCCAAGAUGACAUCGAUCACAAAGACAGCAAUCAAAGGAAUCAAGUUUUAUAAGCAUAUUGUGCAAAGCGUGGAAAAGUUUGUUCAAAAGUGUCGUCCCGAGUACAAGGUUCCAGGACUGUACGUGGUUGACUCGAUAGUACGGCAGUCGCGGCACCAGUUCGGACAGGACAAAGACGUCUUUGCCCCUCGCUUUACGAAAAACAUUCAUGCCACGUUUCAACACCUCUUCAAAUGUCCUCCAGAGGACAGGCCAAAGAUUGUUCGGGUGCUGAAUCUGUGGCAGAAGAACCAGGUCUUUCCUCCGGAUGUUAUCCAGCCUCUGUUGGACAUGGCUGUUCUUCCAGUAGAUGGCAGCGUCGUGGUAGACCAAGGAGUCAGCCAAGCCUCGGACGCAUCUGAAGCCGCAGCCAAGGUAAACCACGGCAGCAGUUUGUGGCAGGAGUGGAACCACUCUAAUCAGACGGCGAAGGAGGCUUCAUCCACCGUGCAGGAAACGAAAACCUACGCUCUCACUCAGGAAAAUGUCAGUCUGGCAACCAUGGCGGCGGAGGCGGACGUGAACCUGCCGGGGACCGACCCCGCCCUGCUCAUGAAGCUCCAGAGUCUGGCAUCUCAGCUCCUGGCAGUAAAGGAGGACAAGGCACCAUCCAACGAACCUCCGACUAAUGCCGUUAAAUUUAAUAAGAAGCUUCUAGACUUUGAUUAUGGUGAUGAAGAAGAAGAGGAAGAGGAGGAAGAAGCACCCCCAGCCCAAGUAGAGCCUCCUCCCAAGGAGGACUCUAGUUCGCGCUCAGCGGAACCAAACGCCCUUGCGCUGAGCAUGGCACAAAAUCUGCUGAACAACCCCGAGCUGCUGCGGCAGCUGCAGCAGAUGCAGCAGACGCUGCAGCAAUCGUCCGAAGUCCUGCGCUCUUCGGAGGGCACCCCGGUGACUUCCGCGCCUGCCUCGUCCUUCCCCCAGCCCUCCGUUGUCACGCAGCAGGGCAGUGUUUCUGCACCCACCGCUCCCACUAGCACAGUCGUCAGCCAUCCCUUCAUCCCUGCGGCGCAAAACGCGUCUGUGUCGCAGCCAAGUUACCCUCCCUCGGCGACGCCGACCACGCUGGCAACCUCGGGCGCUGCUCCGAUGGCAUACGUGCCAGAUUUUAAUGCCGUGGCCGCGGCCACCGCAGCGGUCAGUGCCUUGCCCGAGGUGGCCAAUCUUCAAAAUAUGCCGCUCUUCCCUCCGACCCUUCCACCUACCAUGCCCUUUGGAAGCAUGGAACCCGUGGGGUUUAUGCCCCCGCAGGUUGCACCCAUGGUGGAUGAGGGGCGUAUGGGCCUCGACAGCAUGCCUGGUGAAGCACCCGCUCACAUGGGUGGUGGCGACCUUGAUGAACGCGGCAUUCUGGCUCCAAAAGACAUGGACCUGCGGACACCUGGCGGUUUAUCACCGUCCCGUGACAGGGAAAGGAGGAGGAGGAGCCGGUCAAGGUCACCACGUCGCAGAGGCAGGUCCAGGACUCCCGACUCGGACGGGGGCCGCAACCGCUCGCGCUAUCGUCACGACCGUUCGUGGGAGCGGCAGACACGAGAGCGGGAAAGGGAGCGGGAACGGGAGCGCCGUCGCAAGGGCUUUCCUCCCAUCAAAAGAAGCUGUCUUAGUGUUUGCAGUGCAACACUAUGGCUGGGCCACGUACCAAAAUCUGUGUCCGAGACUGAUCUGCAUAAUACGUUCGGAGAGUACGGUACUAUCGUCAGCAUCGAUAUGAUUCCUCCGCGUGGCUGUGCCUUCGUUUGCAUGGACCGCAGGCAGGAUGCAUUCCGUGCCUUGCAGAAGCUGAAAAACUUGAAGCUUCAGGGCAGCCUCAUCAAGGUACAACGCUCUGAUAUGGCAUGGGCACCUGGCAAAGGUGUAAAAGGGAAAGACUUCAAAGACUACUGGGAGGUUGACCUGGGCGUCAGCUACAUCCCUUACGAGAAGCUCCCCGAGAACGUUGACCUGCUCGCCCUCGAAGAAGGGGGCGUGCUGGAUGAGGACUCGCUCACGCAGGAGCUCCGAGAGAAGAAAGCUGCCCAGGAACAGGAGCAACAGGUGUCCAAACCCCAAGUGGACACCGUACCUGUGGUUGCGAUGCCCAACAUGGCGGGUGCGGUGGUGGCUCCCACCACGGUGGCCAUGGUUCCCCCGCCCCCCUUGCCGCAGUUUGGGAUUGCCAUGACUCACGGGCGUGGCCCUGUGCCUAGCACGAGCAAGCCUCAAAUUGAAGGUGCAUGCAUGUUGCCAUCACAGGGGCUCAUGAUGUCCCAGAUACCACUGCCCAUGGGUGUACCUCCACCAAACCAGAUGCUCAUGGUGCCACCACCAGGACCCCAGAUGAUGGCGGGUAACCCGCUGGGUCUACUCCCACCGCACAUGGGGCUUCCCGGCGGUCCCAUGGGAGCCCACCCAGGUUCGCUUGCGGGCAUAGCUCUUCCCCCGGGAAUGCCCCCUUCAUCGAGCGUCAUGCCCCCGACCAGCCUCGCAACCAGUCAAGCUCCCCCGGCCAUGUCUGCGAGCAACACGGCAGCCAUGUCGUCUGUGACUACAACUGCUACCAUGUCGGCGGCGUCUGCUACGACCGAGACCACAGCCAUACCGAUGUCUUGUGACACCGACGGAGAUGCGACGCCGACGGAUGAAGACGGCACGAGCGUUCCGCUCAGUGCCAUUCCGACCCCGGCGGAUAAACCCGCAACUUCCGAUCAGCCUUGGAAUGUGCCGUUUGGUGGGGUUGGACAGCAGCAAGGCAGUGCGCACUUUCCCUUCCCGCAGCAGAGCUUCCCCAUGUCGUCAGGAAACCAGGCAGAAUCGGAAGCCGCGAAGACCGCAGAGAGUGAGGCCAAGGCAGCCGCAGCGGAAUGUGCUUCCGCACAGCAGGGCAAAAGCGGGGAAGCUGAGAAACAUGAAAACACGUCCGAGAAUAUGCAGUUGGAUGAAGGCAGUGGAGGAGAGCAAAAGGAUGACACUCAUGGACUUGGCGCUGAUGAUUUGCAACCCAAGCCACAGAUUCCACCCAACAUGACUUCUCCUGCGGGACAAGGAAUGAUGGGGGCACCCCUGCGCAUGGGGGGCCCACCACCCAGCUUCCCAUUCGGAGAUAAAGGACCACGAAUGCAGUUUCCUGGUCAACGGAUGAUGGGGCCAGAUCAGCACAGGAUGAUGGGACCUGAUCAAAUGAUGAUGGGAGGACCACCAAACCAGAGGAUGAUGGGUGGUCCCCCAGAUCACAGGAUGGGUGGUCCACCUGAGCAGAGGAUGAUGGGUGGUCCACCUGACCAGAGGAUGAUGGGCGGUCCACCGGAGCAGAGGAUGAUGGGAGGUCCACCCGACCAGAGGGUAGGUGGGCCACAUGACCAGAGAAUGAUGGGGGGUCCACCUGACCAGCGGAUGAUGGGUGGUGGUCCUCCAGACCAAAGAAUGGGAGGGCCACACGACCAGCGAAUGAUGGGUGGACCACCGGAGCACAGAAUGAUGGGUGGCCCUCCAGACCGCAGGAUGAUGGGAGGACCUCCUGAUCAUAGAAUGAUGGGUGGUCCCCCAGAUCACCGCAUGAUGGGUGGCCCCCGAGACAGGCAGAUGGGAGGGCCUGGGGAACACAGGAUGCUCGGUGGACCACCAGAGCACAGAAUGAUGGGAGGUGGUCCAGGGGAGCACAGGAUGAUGGGGGGACAUCCAGACCAUCGCAUGAUGAGUCCUCAUGAGCGAAGGAUGAUGGGAGGCCCAGACCAAGGUCCAAUGGGACAUCCCAAUCAUAGGGUGAUGGGAGGUGGUCACAUGGAGCACGGAAUGAUGGGAGGCCCUCCAGAUCACCGCAUGAUUGGGGGACCGCCUGACCACAGAAUGAUGGGCGGCCCUCAGGACUUUAGGAUGAUGGGCCCAAUGAACCACAGAAUGAUGGGACCCAACAUGCGAAUGAUGGGACCAAACCCGAGGAUGCCCGGGCCAGGAAUGAGGAUGCCACAGCCCGGCAUGAGGAGUCCCGACAGGACAGAUGUAGACUCGCAGAUGAACUCUCAUGACCAGCCUUCCAACUCUGACGCCGGCAAGAACAACUCGGGAGGAAGGGACGGGAAGCUUGACGACAUGCCCAUGAACGAUCGCAACCAGAGGUUUGACCCCAAAGGCCGUAUGGGCGAGUGCAACAGCAUGGUUGGCCCCGGUGGCGCGAAUCAGAGAGGCAACAUGUUUGGCCCAGGCAACAACCGUUUCGAGCCCGGCGGCCGGAGGAACGACGGGAGGAUGCCUGGGGUUGAGGAAAGAAGAGGUGGUGAUUGGAACCCACCAUUUGACCCCCACUACGGUGGACCAGGGGAGGAAAGAGGUGUUGGCCCAUUCCGCGGAGCAUUUGGUGAGGGCCCCGCUCAGGAGAGGAACGCAGACAACAGGUGGGGUGGCCGGGAACAGCAAGACGAAGGCGAUCGACGCAGAUUUGGUGACGCAGGCGCCAACGAACGGCGGCGGAACCGCGGCGAGCGCCGGAGCCGGUGGUCGCGGGAGGACGAGGACACUGACCGUCGUGCUACGAGGGACAGAGACCGAAAUGACCGCACGGAUAGAAACGAUAGAGGCGACAGGAGUGACCGCGACAGGAACAGCAGAGGGGGAGACCGUGAAAGGGGAGACCGUAGAGACCGGGAUCGCGACCGCGACCGAAGCAGGGACAGGGACCGGGAUAAAAGUCGAGAUCAAGACGGUGAAAAAAGUCGGGCUCGCGACCGCAGCCGCGACCGAGACAAAGAAGGGGAUAGGAGCAGAGACCGUGAAAGGAGUCGUGACAAGGACAGGGGCAAAGACAAGGACCGAGGCAGGGACGGCGAGAGAAGCCGCGACAGGAGCAAGGAUCGUGAACGAAGUAAGGAGCGAGAGAAGAGCAAAGAUCGGGAGAAGGACAGAGAGGAAGAUAAAGAUAGGGAGCGCAGCGGAGACGGAGAAAAAAGUCGAGAAAGGGAAAAGAGUCGCGAGAGAGAGAAGAGUAGGGAAAGUGAGAGAAGCAGGGACAAGGAACGAAGUAGAGAUCCUUCAGACUGCAGUAAAAGUGUGACUAGGCCCGAUGAUGUUAGUGAUAGUGUAGAGACCAAUGGAGAGGUGCUGAAAACAAAUGGCAGCAGUUCUGUUGCAGACUCUUCGAAAGACAGUAACGUAGACAAAGCGAAAGAGACAACAGAAAGCACAACCGUCGCACCAGUUGCGGAACAGGUUUGAUGUGUUGUGACUGCUUUUUAAACAUUAUGUGUGUGUGCGUGUGUGUGUGUGAGUGCGACGCGUGGGCAUGUGUACAUAGACUUCAGUUCCAAAGGGAUCGCUUACAAAGUGCAUCGACUGUGAAGGGUGGGGGGCAUGGCCCGAAAACAAACUGUGUCCCGGAAGUCAAAAAAAGGCUUACCUCCACUUCUUCGCUCGUGCCCUGAGACCAAAAUAAAUCCAAGUUGAUUGGUUUUUGUUUAAAAAACAACAUGGCAUCUCCUUAUUGUUCUUUCACUUCCCUUGGCACGUAACGACAAAGCAAGUUCGUGUGUCAGCUCAGGACAGCCCCCCCCAGGGUAAGUUGCCGAAGCUUCGGUGGAUGGCAGCUCUACGGGAACUGUGAACUAUGCGUCGCUCUUUUGGAUACCACGGAAAAGGUAGACAUUUCUCUUCUUGGCAAGUCUUGCAGUGCAUCGUGCGAUAGUUUUAGAGUGUACUUUUUCUUUAUCAGUUUUGGGGAUAGAAUUGUAAACCCAGUGUUCGAGAAAUCGAUGCAGGACCCGCUGCUGUGCUUAGAUUAAAGAGCCAAGCAGGCUGUACUUGUUAACCUGAAAGUGUGAUUGCAUAAUUUCAAUAAAUGAUGCUGAAAGUG